UUUUAGUAACGGAGUAACUGUUUUUGACAAAUAAAAUAUUGACUUACGUAUUUACUUAAGUGUCAGCUGACAAGUCUUGUGAUUGCAGCUGGAAGUGAGGAAGAAAGUCACCAUGUCUUCGUCGCGGGGGCUGCCCAAGAUACAGGACGAGGAGCGGGAGUCCAAGUUCGGCUAUGUGUUUGCCGUCUCCGGCCCCGUGGUGACGGCGGAGCGCAUGUCGGGCUCCGCCAUGUACGAGCUGGUGCGUGUGGGCUACUUCGAGCUGGUAGGAGAGAUCAUCCGGCUGGAGGGAGACAUGGCCACCAUACAGGUGUACGAGGAGACGUCGGGCGUGACUGUGGGCGACCCGGUGCUGCGGACGGGCAAGCCCCUCUCCGUGGAGCUGGGCCCGGGCAUCCUGGGCAGCAUCUUCGACGGCAUCCAGCGCCCCCUCAAGGACAUCAACGAGCUCACCAGCAGCAUCUACAUCCCCAAGGGCGUGAACAUGCCGGCCCUCAGCCGCACCGUGCAGUGGGAGUUCAACCCCCUCAACGUCAAGGUUGGCAACCACAUAACGGGAGGAGACGUGUACGGCUUGGUGCACGAGAACACGCUCAUCAAGCACAGGAUGCUGCUGCCGCCGCGGGCCAAGGGUACAGUCACGUACAUAGCUCCCCCGGGCAACUACACCGUGGACGACGUGGUGCUGGAGACGGAGUUUGACGGGGAGCGGUCCAAGUUCACGAUGCUGCAGAUCUGGCCCGUGCGCCAGCCGCGCCCCUGCACGGAGAAGAUGCAGGCCAACUACCCGCUGCUGUGCGGCCAGCGCGUGCUGGACGCGCUCUUCCCGUGCGUGCAGGGGGGCACCACGGCCAUCCCGGGAGCCUUCGGCUGCGGCAAGACCGUCAUCUCGCAGUCCCUCUCCAAGUACUCCAACUCGGACGUCAUCAUCUACGUGGGCUGCGGGGAGCGCGGCAACGAGAUGUCCGAGGUGCUGCGAGACUUCCCUGAGUUGUCGGUGGAGAUAGACGGCGUGACGGAGUCCAUCAUGAAGCGGACGGCUCUGGUCGCCAACACCUCCAACAUGCCCGUGGCUGCGCGAGAGGCGUCCAUCUACACAGGCAUCACGCUCUCGGAGUACUUCAGGGACAUGGGCUACAACGUCUCCAUGAUGGCGGACUCCACGUCCCGGUGGGCCGAGGCGUUGCGAGAGAUCUCCGGGCGUCUGGCCGAGAUGCCCGCGGACAGCGGCUACCCGGCGUACCUGGGCGCGCGCCUGGCGUCCUUCUACGAGCGCGCGGGGCGCGUCAAGUGCCUGGGCAACCCGGACCGCGAGGGGUCGGUGAGCAUCGUGGGCGCCGUGUCGCCCCCGGGAGGAGACUUCUCCGACCCGGUGACCUCGGCCACGCUGGGCAUCGUGCAGGUGUUCUGGGGGCUCGACAAGAAGCUGGCCCAGCGCAAGCACUUCCCCUCCAUCAACUGGCUCAUCUCCUACAGCAAGUACAUGCGGGCGCUGGACGACUUCUACGACAAGAACUUCCCGGAGUUUGUGCCGCUGCGCACGAAGGUGCGGGAGAUCCUGCAGGAGGAGGAGGACUUGUCGGAGAUCGUGCAGCUGGUGGGCAAGGCGUCGCUGGCCGAGACGGACAAGAUCACGCUCGAGGUGGCCAAGCUGCUCAAGGACGACUUCCUGCAGCAGAACAGCUACUCGCCCUACGACAGGUUCUGCCCGUUCUACAAGACGGUGGGCAUGCUGAAGAACAUGAUAGCGUUCUACGACAUGUCGAGGCACGCGGUGGAGACGACGGCGCAGAGCGAGAACAAGAUCACGUGGAACGUGAUCAGGGACAGCAUGGGCAACAUCCUCUACCAGCUGUCCUCCAUGAAGUUCAAGGACCCGGUGAAGGAGGGCGAGCAGAAGAUCAAGGCGGACUUCGAGCAGCUGCACGAGGACAUCCAGCAAGCGUUCCGCAACCUCGAGGACUAGGCCCCGCGCCGGCGCACGGGCGCGCGAGCGUGCACACGAUUCCUGCCCUGCAAGAAUACUCGUACCGAGACCAGCACAAGUUCGCGACGGGAGUUCGUUUCUGGCCGUAACUUAUUUUUUUUUGGUGCUAUGUUUUAUUGUAUUUUUAAAACUUUUUGUGAACUUUAUUUUUCUAAGAGUUUUACUAGGAAGUAUUUGUUCCAAAUUUUUUUCCAAUUGUACUUACGUGACAGAGGCAUUUUAAUGGCACAUUGUGGUUUAUACAGUUUUUGUGAUGGAAAGCUGCGAGUCGGACAGUUUGAAAUUAUUCCCCGUUUGCCAGGAUUGGAGCUCCUGCUGAACUUGAUGCGCGCGUGUUUCUCCGUCGAUGAGUGUCGGGUCUUUUUGUUAGUAUUCCCGUAGAUCCUAUUUUAUGUUUUACGUGUAUAUAAACCAUCGUAGGUGUCUGUCUAGUGGAAACUCGUCCGUUUAACUUCCCACGUCUUGUCGUGCAAACGGCAUCUUGUGUGUCUUCUGAGAAUUACGUAGUGUGGUGAGGGUUAAGGAUUGUUACGCCUGAUGAAAUUGUCGUCAUGUUUCAGAUCGACAGAACUUCCUUGUUUUGUGCAUUUACCUUAACCUUUGGAACAUAACAUUCAUCCUUGAAAUGUUAAUUUACAUAGCGGGCCCUCUUAGUUGAUAAAUUUUCGUCAAAAGCAUCAGUCUUGCCCGACUGCCGGGCCGUAGCGACAAAAGGGCGGCCGCUGCCAUUUUAUUUGCAUUCCAAGAACUUCUAGAGUUGUGUACAUAUGUUUAUGAUGUUGAUUCAGAGUUGAGUUUGGAAAGUUUUCUGUGUGUUCCAUAAAAUUUGGCCAUUAAUCUGGGAGUUAAUUAUUUUACUUGUUUUGAGAAUACGGUGGUGUACUUUUCAGAGUGUGUGUACGUGUGGUACUUAUCACGACUCUGAGCCUGUCGCAGUAUUAUAGCAUGACUGAAGGUUCAGAAGCAGAUCACAGCUGUCCUUAGCUCAGUAUUGUCACCGAGUAGUAGAACAUACGAUAGAGUAGUCAUCAUAGCUACUUACCUCAUGCUAUUGGGUGUAGUGUGUUUGCGAAAUACAGCAAAAAAAAAGCAAUUUACAGGCUUCAAAAAACUUGAGUUUUAUUUUAUUGUUAAUAUGUAUAAAUUUCUGUAAGUAGUUGGAAGGAAAAUAAAAGUUUAUACAAUGAAUGUGUAAUUGCUACAGUAGUUGCAGGAAACGAGUACAUAUGUAGGUUGUAAAUUAUCACACCCAGUAUCUAAAUGUAACAUUAAUUACGGGACAAUAAUGGUGCAAGUGCAGAACUAUAUGGUGAUCUAUUAUGUUCUACAAAUUUUAAUAAAUAUCUGCUGGCAGUUGUUGUAAGAGAUGUUUUUUGUGAAUAAUUCUAAACCAAGCAAAGCAGCUAAUAAAUUAUUGUUGUUUUAUGUUGAAGCAAA